AUGUCCAAAGGUGAAGUUAACAAAACUGGAAGUGUUGAAUACCCUAUUAGUGGUCACGAUAAUAAUUGUAUAUUAGAAGAUAUAAAUAAAGUUCAGGAAUAUUUAGAAUGUUCGAAGCUCAAUUUCGAAAAUCGGUUAAGACGACAACAAAUGAACGAUUCUGCGGUUGAUGAUUUUACAUUUCAUAAGACUAUCGGCAUGGGUGCUUUUGGACGCGUUAUGUUAGUCAAUCACAAAUUAAAACCCGAAGUAUUUUUAGCUAUGAAAAUUAUGAAGAAAGAGCAAAUUUUAAAGCGAAAUUAUUUACAACACGUUACUAAUGAGAAACAACUAUUAACAAAUUUACGACAUCCGUUCAUCAUACAAAUGGAGUAUUGUGCAAAGGACGUAUGCAACUUAUAUUUCGUUAUGCCGUUCAUAGUAGGGGGAGACUUAUUCGGUUUAAUGAGUGACCGAGGUGUACUAGACGAGUUGCAUGCUAUGUUUUAUGCGGGACAAAUGGUCCUAGCACUUGAAUAUUUACAUUCGUUGGAUAUAAUCUAUAGGGAUUUGAAACCUGAAAAUGUGUUGAUUGCCGGUGAUGGUUUUAUAAAAUUAACAGAUCUCGGAUUGAGCAAGCGUAUAGUUUCCAAUCGAACAACCACUCUUUGUGGUACUCCGUACUAUUUGGCACCAGAAAUCAUAGCAAUCAAACCGUAUGGAAAACCCGUCGACUGGUGGGCACUAGGCAUAAUCACAUUUGAAAUGGUUGCUGGGUCAGUGCCAUUCAACGCCGACAAUGAAAAAAAACUGUUCUAUAGGAUCUUGAGCGGCAAUUACAGAAUGCCGAUCAAUUUUUCUCCGAACCUUGCACAUCUUGUAAAAAACUUACUACGAGUGGACCUUACAAAACGAUAUGGAAACUUAGUGAAAGGAAUUGCUGACAUUAAAUAUCACCGAUGGUUUGUCAAAAUAGAUUGGAUAUUGCUCUAUAAUAAACAUAUGGUACCUCCAUACAUACCAAGUUAUACUAGUCCAUCAGAUACACAUAACUUCGAAGCCUACGUCGAAGAUGACAAUUCUGGGAUAUGUAAUGGUGUUGACCAAUCUCAUUUUGCCGAUUUUUAA